GUCCCUCGCCUCUUACAACAGAUCCGGAGAGAGAGAGAGGGAGGGAGAGAGAGAGAUGCACGGCCGGCCGCGUAAACCCCUCAAACCCGAGGAUGAAGCAGCUUCCCUCGCCAAAGCUGCUAAACUGCGCACCCUCCAGAAUCAACUCCUUCACAUACACCAUAACAGAAUUUAUGACAAAGAAGCCCUAGAGAUCAGCUCGAAGCUUCUAGAAAUCAAUCCGGAAAUCUACACUGCUUGGAACUACCGGAGACUCGCCGUUGAAAACAAUCUACGGUCAGAAAUCGAUCCCGAUUCCAUCAAAGCCCUUCUCGAUGAAGAGCUCAGAGUCGUGGAGAGUGCAUUGAGGCGGAAUUUCAAGUCAUACGGAGCAUGGCACCAUCGUAAAUGGGUCCUAAGCAAGGGCUUUUCUUCAAUUGAAAAGGAAUUCAAGCUUCUCGAUCAGUUCCUAAAAGCUGAUUCCCGGAAUUUCCAUGGAUGGAAUUACCGGAGAUUCGUUGCAGCAUUGAAGAAUGUGUCGGAAGAGGAGGAGUUGAAGUUCACUACUGAUAAAAUAAAUGCCAAUUUCAGCAAUUAUUCUGCGUGGCAUAAUCGGAGUGUACUUCUGUCUCACCUGCUCAAGAAAAAGGCUCAAGGAUUUGUUCCGAGGGAAAAGGUCUUAACAGAUGAGUAUGAGCUCAUACACCAAGCACUUUUUACAGACCCAGAUGAUCAGAGUGGGUGGUUUUAUCAUCUUUGGCUUUUGGAUCAAACAGUCAAUCAAGAUGCUCCGCUGCUGAUUUCUUCCUGGCCCAUUGAUGGUUCGGAACUGAUUUUAUCUACUAAUGGGAACAUGGACGCCCAUGUAACUGCUCCAUUCACCAGUUCCCUUUCAGAGUAUGUUUUGCCUACAGGAUGCAUACCGCUCAUACUAUAUUUCAACCACGCUGUUGAAGGUGUAAGUUCGUCCACUGUAAUUGUUGAAUCCAUGUUUGAUAAGAAUGAAGAUCUUAUUUGGAGGCCACUUUCGAUAAACAACUCGGGAAGAGCGCAUGCUUGGGUGACAUAUCUGAAACUUCCUGAUGUAAAUCACCAUGCUUUGAAAGCUUAUCCAGUUGAGGUUAGCCUUGGACAUUCUCAGGGUAUCAUUUCCUCAAAUGGGUCCAACUACAACUAUUCUUCUCGGUUUGGAUUUAAUCUGAACUUACAGUCUACUGAUCCAGAUCAGGCUGAAAGAAAAUCAGUUACAGAGAUGGUCAUCUGGAAAGACAAUUUUUAUACCGACGAAACCCUUCUUCUGGAUUUAAGUCCCACUGCACUUUCAUUGGAUCAACUAAGGAUCAGCGAAGACCACGAACCAUCUGUUUCUAAGUGGCACAUAGACACCUUAGCAAACGAGAUAGCUCUUUUCCGGGAAUUGUUGUCAGAAAUAAACUGUAAAAUAGCGAAGCUCACACUAGCGCGGUUGUUAAUGGCUCGUGAUGCAUUGAUGUCACUUGGUACGUUAUGCAUGCAAAAGAGGAUCCAUUCGGAAGAGGUUUUACAACUCUUUAAUGACUUGAUGAAGUUGGAUCCUGUACAUGCCUGUUAUUACAAGGACGAACAUAGCUUAGUCCUAAUGGAGCAACUUACUUCCAAUAGGGAAUCUUUGGUGAAGCACUGUUCAUACUAUAAAGAACUAAAGCCCUCGAGAGCCCAACCUACUGUCUGCCUACGGCUUAACAAAUUAUCACUGUCACGGAUUGGUUUCUUUGAGCGUUUGCUGUGGGUCCAGAUGCUAGAUCUCAGUCACAACGAGCUUCAAUCAAUCGAAGGUUUGGAAGUGAUGCAACUCCUCACCUCCUUGAACCUAAGCAACAAUCGAUUCCGCAGUUUCACCGCAUUGGAGCCUUUGAAACUGAUAAAACCAUUGAAGACACUUGACAUCUCUCACAACGAAAUCGGGGCACACCCAAUCGACACGACAAGGUAUUUAUGUUCAUCUCCUCUUUCUCAAGCAAUAGGAAUCGAUUGGAAUGCUGGGGAGUACACAAGCAGUAAUGUCAACACCGGGAGUCACUGGGAAGCCAUAUUGAUCUUUAAAGAUCUGCAUUUGGCACAGUUAGAUGUUGAGGGGAAUGCAGUUUGCGACGAGGAUUUUAGAGUGUUGUUGGUGCGUGUGAUUCCUACCCUUGAAUGGCUCAAUGGCAAGCACAUAUAGCAAUAAUCUUAUAAUUUUUACAGGGGAUGAUUUAUAGGCCGAUUUGUUUCAAUAGAAUUGAGUUGUACCAUACAAACAAUCUAUGCUUCUUUAAGAUGAUUUAUUAAUCUGAUUGAUCUCAAUACUUGCAUCGAAUCCAA